AUGAAUAUUAAGGUUACCGACUUUGGAUCUUUCUCAGAUAUGUAUGUUGAUGAUCCCUCCUUUGGCAAGAUAUUUCAGAAGCAAUCUAAGGGAACCCUCACCAAUUCUGACUUUAUUCUAGUUGUGGUGGACCGAUUCUCCAAGAUGGCUCACUUUGUGGCGUGCAGAAAAACCAUAGAUACUGUUUGGAUUACCACCCUCUUCUUCAAAGAGAUUGUACAUUUACACGGAAGCUAUGGAUUCAGUGAGGGCGCAAUCAACCUGAAGCAGCGUCCUGUGUUGGUUGCUGCAUCAAUAGGAAGCUAUGGAGCAUAUCUAGCAGAUGGUUUUGAGUACAGUGGAAACUAUGGCCAAGAAAUUACUGUGGAAAUCGUCAAAGAUUUUCACAGGAGAAGGCUUGAGGUUCUUUCUGAAGCUGGAGCUGAUAUAAUUGCUUUUGAAACAAUUCCAAAUAAACUUGAAGCUCAAGCAUAUGUUGAACUUCUUUUGGAGUGUGACACAAAAAUUCCAGCUUGGUUUUCUUUCACUUCGAAGGAUGGGAUCAAUGUUGUUAGUGGAGAUUCUAUGGCUGAAUGUGUUUCUCUGGCUGAUUCAUGCAACAAAGUCGUUGCUAUUGGAAUCAACUGCACUGCACCUAGAUUCAUCCACAAUUUAAUUCUCUCUAUUAAGAAGGUAAUACCUAUUGUACAGUCAUUCUUUUUCUCUUUUUGUUUGGAAUGA